UCUCCAUGCUCCUUCUCUCUCGACAAGAUGGCCACACCGGCAGUACCAGGGAGUGUUCCUGUGGCCCCACCAGCCCCACCUGAGGCCCCCACGUCAGCCCCAGACCCGGCCUCAGCUCCAGCGCUGGCUCCAGUUCCAGCGCCGGUUCCAGCUCCCACUCCAGCGCCAACCUCAUCCCCAGACCCGGCGGCAGCUGCGGCUGCGAGCGCGGCGCCGGGCCAGACCCCAGCCUCGGCGCCGGCCCCAGCGCAGACACCGGCGCAGUCGCUGGUUGGCCCUGCUCUCCCAGGCCCCUUCCCCGGGGGCCGUGUGGUCCGGCUGCACCCGGUCAUUUUGGCCUCCAUCGUGGACAGCUACGAGCGACGCAACGAAGGUGCCGCCAGAGUUAUCGGGACCCUACUGGGAACCGUUGACAAGCACUCAGUGGAAGUCACCAAUUGCUUUUCAGUGCCUCACAAUGAGUCAGAAGAUGAGGUGGCCGUUGACAUGGAAUUUGCUAAGAAUAUGUAUGAAUUGCACAAGAAAGUCUCUCCAAAUGAGCUCAUCCUGGGCUGGUACGCAACAGGCCAUGACAUCACAGAACACUCUGUGCUGAUCCAUGAGUACUACAGCCGCGAAGCCCCCAACCCCAUUCACCUCACUGUGGACACGAGCCUCCAGAACGGUCGUAUGAGCAUCAAGGCUUACGUCAGUACUUUAAUGGGUGUCCCUGGGAGGACCAUGGGCGUGAUGUUCACACCUCUGACAGUGAAAUACGCGUAUUACGACACUGAGCGCAUUGGAGUUGACCUGAUCAUGAAGACCUGUUUCAGCCCCAACCGGGUGAUUGGACUCUCAAGUGACUUGCAGCAGGUAGCGGGGUCAUCGGCCCGCAUCCAGGACGCUCUCAGCACAGUGUUGCAGUACGCGGAAGAUGUCCUGUCUGGAAAGGUGUCAGCUGACAAUACUGUGGGCCGCUUCUUGAUGAGUCUGGUUAACCAAGUACCCAAGAUAGCUGCCGAAGACUUCGAGACCAUGCUCAACAGCAACAUUAACGACCUGCUGAUGGUGACCUACCUGGCCAACCUCACACAGUCACAGAUUGCCCUCAAUGAGAAGCUUGUGAACCUGUGAAUGGGCCCCAGCAGCGCUCCUUCCACUCUGGCCGCAGCACUAGGACUCAGAUGGUGUGAAGUGGGAGUGGCUUUUUGUGGUUUGAGUCACUGCAUGAGUUAACUGCCUGUGACUCUAAAUAAACAUAGCCUACCUUUUGUAAAAGGA